AUGGCUGGCAGCCGGGAGCACAAGGAUCCAUUCACGGGGGAGUUGGUGAAGAUAUUCCCAUUCGCCCAGAAGGUGCCCAGACUAAUAGGCUCAUUCGUGACUGUUCUCUUCAUGGUGUCCAUUGUCAUUGCUGCCACCCUUGGUGUGAUCAUUUACAGAGCCUUCUCUUCGUGGAAAUGGGAGGAAUCUGCCUUCAACCAGUUGAUUCUCUCAACCGGACUAGCAGCUGUCAUGAAUGCCAUCGCCAUUCUGAUCCUGGAACAAAUCUACAAGCGACUAGCGUGGAAGUUGACAGACUGGGAAAACCACCGGACCCAGACGGAGUAUGACGACGCUCUCAUCAUCAAGAUAUUCGCAUUCUAUUUCGUCAACAGCUACGCUUCACUGUUUUACAUCGCAUUCGUAAGAGGAGGCACCAGCACAAACGGAAUCCUGAAUCUAGGCGAGCGAUUCCAAGACGAGUGUCCCAAUGACAACUGUAUGUCGGAACUGGCCUUGCAAACUCUGGUUCUCAUGGCUGCCAAACCCCUCCCCAAAUUCUGCAUGGACAUAAUUCUUCCCCGGGUCAAAUCGAUCAGUCUUGAAUUAUUCUCACGGUGCAGAUUGUGCAGAUCUCAAGUGGAUCCUGACGAAAACAACAUGAGGAAACUGCGUGAAAACAUGAUGAUUCGCGAAUAUGUCAAACUACCUCUGCUGAACUUCACGCUUGAAGAGUACCUCGAAAAAACAGUCGCGUUUGGUUAUCAGGUUCUGUUUGCGGCCUCUAUUCCCCUGGGUCCUCUACUGGCUCUGGUGUUCUGGCUGAUUGAUGUGCGUGUGGAUCCCCAGAGAAUGUUGUGGGACUACAGACGGCCAGUGGCAUACAUUGCGGAAGAUAUAGGAAUGUGGUACGCCAUCAUGGAGUUCAUUGCUUGGGUGUCAGUAGUUGUGAAUGCUGCGGUCAUUUCAUUCACGAGCUCGUUCGGCAAAGACGAAACCCUCGAGAACCAGCUCAAAAUAUUUUUGAUCUUCGAACAUAUUUGCUUCGUGGUCAAAUUCCUGCUCGCCUACAUGAUACCCGACACUCCUAGUCACGUGCUACUCGCGAUACGAAAGGAAAACUACGAAGUCCAAAAACGGCUGGAAGAAGCGGCUAAAAAAGGAGACAAAUUGAAGAGUACAAUUAAGUACAAGAGUGUAAGAGAGAACUUAGAAGGGACACCUUACAAGAAACUAACCAGGAAUUUGAAACGAAGGGAUAAUAAAAGACAACAGGAAUCUUACAGACAGGGUUCGACCGGGAAAAGUAGCCCAAAUUACGAAAGAUGAAUGUUUAAAUAAACUAAUUCGGCGAUUAGUUUUGGGCUCAAAGAUUAAGUUUUGAAAAUUAAUGUUUUGGACUUAAUUUGCAGCAACUUAAUCAAAAGUCACAAAACUUCGAACAAAGUUGGGUUAUGUUACUUGUCUAUUAAUCGAAGAUAUUGCUGAUAAUUGAGAAUGAUAUUAGGUUUCCGUUAUUUAAUUAAAAUAAUUAAUCUAAGAAUUUUCUGGACCCAUGAUGUGACAUAUACCGAUCAAUAAGUUGAUCUCUUCUUUUACUUAAAGAGCCCAAAAACAUAUUCAUUUUGAGCAGUGUAAGCUUAAGUCAAUUCUUCUUCGCCUUAUAAUCUGUGUGUUGCAAAUAAUUGAAAAAUCAAUUUCUUCCCUAUUUCUGAAAACAAAGUUGCUAAACAAUCUAAUUUCUUGUGAAAGAAUAUUUUGAUAUCAAAGUUAGUAAAAUUCAAUCAAUUGUUAAAUUUAGGGCAACAUAAUACAACAAAACACGAUGAG